UUAUAUUUGAAUAAGUGGAUUCUUCUGAUACAACUAUAAUAUAUUGAAAUUAAAAUUGUACAAUAUUGGUCGGUUUAAAAAGCACGUCUGGUAUUUUUUGUUAAGGAUUGAUUGGAAUUUUAAUAAAACUGCAUAUAUAAAAAAUUAUCUACUAAAGCGUAAGAGCGAAUUUACUUGAAGUGGUGGUGGAAGUGUAAAGGAGCUGAUAAUAACAUAAAGCCGUUAAUGAAAUAUGGGUACUCUGUACUUAUUGUGAUGCGGCCAUGAUGAUAUUUAAAUAUGUCCUUCUCCAUUGUUUAGUUUGACUCGUCUAAGCUGCGCCUAUUUUCCUUUAUUAUAACGGAACAAAGUACAGGAAUCACUAAAAGGAUUUAUGAAUUUCUUUUAUGUGUUUGUUUGCUAACAAAUACAGUCGCUGUUAAAAGACAGUGUUUUAUGUCGGAGCAAGGACCAAUAUAAAUACCUAGAUUUCUGUUGGUGAUUUCUUCAUUUCAAUUCUUCAUUUCAAAAUUAAAACAUCUCUAAGCGAAACUGGAAUAAUUAUUACAAUAAUUGGAAUUAAAAGGAAAGAAAUAAAUAUAUAAAAUAUGCAAUAUUUAUCACAACAACAUUCGGAUAUGUCUAACAGAUGUCGGGAAAAUAACAUGAUAGAUUGCUUUAAUCAACAAUCAUUCACAAGAGAUUUUAUUAACAUGGAUACUGGAGCACACUAUAAUACUCUACAGCAAGUACAAAAAGUUCAACAAAUUGAUGAGCUCAAGGAGAAUGAAAAUAAACCUAAAACUAAACGUUCCCGAACAGCAUUCACCAGUAGACAAGUAUUUGAAUUAGAAAGAGAAUUCAAAUUAAAUAUGUAUCUUUCUCGUACUCGCAGAAUCGAAAUUGCACGUCGACUUGACUUAUGUGAACGUCAAAUAAAAAUUUGGUUUCAAAACCGACGCAUGAAAUAUAAAAAGGAUAUACACGAUGCUAUCGAACAAAAAGCUACAGUGAAGACAUUCCAACAAACGAGUGAUCAAAAUGCACAUAGAGGCAUUGUACAACGUUUAAUGUCAUACUCUCAAGAUCCAAAAAUUCAAUUAAAUUUUGAUCAAAUUGCUAAUCAAUCUAUUACAAUGAAUACUACUCAACUUACUAAGUCACAUAAUGUUAAAUCAUCACUUCAUACUAACUCCAACCAAGUAACAACAAUGAAUGCAAAGUCAGUGAAAUCACAGAAUUCUAUUUUAGUUCUUGAUCAUACAUUACCUGAUCUUACGGAAAUACUUGACCAUCUCGACAAAAACUCCAAUUUUCCACAAUCCACACAAUGCUCUUCAGCUUCAACAGAUUCGAGCAAUUUCAGUACAGUUUUAGAAAAUAUACGCCAGGAUCUAGAAAUGUCAGCUCAAACUUGGUCUAAUAACAAUUUCAGUGAUGAAUCUAUGACGAAAUCGGUUUUAAUAUCAAAUAACUGUCGCCGUAGUCUUCCUGCUGCAACACCAGCACCAACCAUGAAUCUUUCAUGGGGUGAACCUUCAUCGAAAAUGAGAAAACUACAUCAUGCACACGAAAACUCUUCCUCAAUGUACUUAGCCUGAUAUCUCUAUUAAUAUUAAUUUCUAUUAUAUUACUAUUAUACAUUAAAUAAUCAAUUAGUAUUAAUGUUGUAAUAUAAGUACAUGUAAUUAAUUAAUAUUAAUAUUAGUUUUGGAGAAUAUACGCCAGAAUUCAAAAAUUUCAGCUCAAGCUUGGUCUAUGACGACAUCGGUUUUAAUAUUAAAUAAUUGUCGCCGUAGUCUUCCACCUGCAACACCGGCACUAAACAUGCAUCUUAAAUGGGGUGAACCUUUACCUAAAAUGGAAAACCUACAUCAUGUGCACACGAAAAUCCUUCCUCAAUGGAUUUGGCUUGACAUCUAAUUAAUUACUAAUUACUAUUGUGUAUCCUGUAAUUAAUUAUUAUUAAUCAUAUAA